CAUACCAUAGAUGAAAUCAUAUGGCGGGAAUCCGGAUGUUUUGGUUUUGUAAAAAUUUAGUACGCACAGCUUCUUGUUGUAUGUUUUUUAGCAAAUAGUUUGCAACAAUAACUUUAGAUACCAAGAUAAAAUGGUUGAGGGUCCAGGAUGCACAUUGAAUGGAGAAAAGAUCCGCUCGAAGGUCCAAAGAGGACAGAAGGUGAAAGAAUUCAGGGGAAGCUUGACGACAAACACACAAAGGAAUGCCACCAAUACGAUCUCCUUCCAAAUAUUCAUGGGCUGUCAAUACACAGGAGUUGAGACCCUUGGAAAGGAACUCUUCAUGUACUUUGGCCAAAGAGCUCUGAGAGUCCACUUUGGUAUGGAUGGCUCUAUGCGAAUCAACCCCACUGACAUCAAAAGCAGAAAGGGAUCACCCCCUGUGCUGGAGAUCCACCUGACCAAUGACACAGUCUCCUUCUUUGACUCUACUGUGGAAAUCAGACUGACGGAGGACUGUGAACAGAGAGUGAGAGCUAUGGAGAGUCUGGAUGUUUGCUCCUGUAAAUUCAGCUUCUCCCACGCGGAGGAGACUAUGAGGAGGCAGAGCUACAGGAUGCUGUGUGACGUACUCCUAGACCAGGCCGUCCUACCAGGAGUGGGAAACAUCAUUAAGAACGAAGCCCUGUUUGACUCCGGUCUUCACCCUUCUGUUAAAGUCAAUCAACUCACAGAUACCCAGCUCCACCAUCUUGUGAAAAUGACACGAGAUUUCACCCUCCUAUUUUACAAGUGCCGCAAGACAGGCUCCGCUCUCAACAAACACUACAAGGUCUACAAACGGCCUCAGUGUGGUCAGUGCAAUGGGGCCGUCACCGUCUGUCGCCUCGGGGACAACGGAAGGAUGACGUACUUCUGCAACCGCUGCCAGACUGGGGACCCAAGUGAGGUUAACGUGAGCUGCAUGAUAGCAGGUCAGCUGGAGAGAAAUCCAAGAUUCACAGGGGUAAACAGCAAGCUCCCAACCAGGAACACGUUAGUUGGCUGGGCUUACCAAGGCAGCAUGGGGAGCAACGAUCAUGUGGCCAAGAGGGAGGAAGAGGAGUGGGCCUGUCAACUCUGCACUCUGAUCAACCAGCCUAUGAGCAAGGCCUGUGAUGCCUGCCUGACCCCUAGGCCUGAGCUCCCCAAAGACAAUGCCAGCCCCGAGAGUUCACCCUUCACCAGAGAUCUGAUCAAGUACCCCUGCAAUGCCUUCUCCAAACCACAAGAGGGCCUGAAAGUCAACCGCAGGGCCGCAUUCGGGAACACCACCCUGAUGUUCACCGACCUCAGCCCAAAGGCGAGCCGCGUCAACUCUCCCCUUCCUCUAUCCUCCACCAACAGUCAGUUAAAUUCCACAGCAAGAGGUUUAAGUAAACACAAUGUCUGCCAGGGAAAAAGAAGUAGUCCAAAUUAUGCCUCUGGUGGCUGGCAGGACAAAAGCGGGGAGCUCUCCAAAGGGGAAUCAACAAUGGUCUCCUACAGUCAGCCGCACAAGAAAAUGAGAAUUGAUCACAGUCCCUUUUCUGUCAGUAACAAACCUCAAAACGGAACCCACCAUAAUUUGAGUCCCCCUCAAAACAAUGCACCAAGUGGAAGUACACAGACCCAGUCCCCUCCCAGCAACCCUUGCUGUGUGUCCCAUGGGCGGCCCAGUGUGCUCCGAUUGGUCACCAAGCAGGGGGACAACAAAGGAAGACAGUUCUACACCUGCUCGCUCCCCAGGGAGACACAGUGCAAAUUUUUUGAGUGGGCUGAUACACACUUUCCAUUCUGUAACCAUGCAAAACGCUGCCUGAUGAGGACUGUACUCAAACUAGGACCAAACAACGGCCGCAACUUUUACGUAUGCAGUUUUCCAAAGGGCAAGCAGUGUGAUUUCUUCCAGUGGGCAGAAAAUGGUCCAGGAAUCUCCAUCCUUCCUGGUUGCUGAUGAGAGGAAAGGGGCAAGAUACAAAGACAAGAACUGUUUUGAACAUCACUGCUUUUUGUACUGCUAUUGAUCCAUUUUAGUGUAAAAUGUUUUAAUUAAUCAAUGUAUCACUUAAGUUCUUAAGCUUCACCCUUGUUAUAAUAUUAAAAUCCAUCACUGUCAUUAAAUAAAUAAUUGAUCGCUUUCAA